UCCAUGCCUUGGAGUAGAAAUAGUGCAUAAAGACAACAUUCAUUCAAGCUCAGUAGCUACACUCUGAUUUACUCUGAUGCACAUUGGUUAAAAAUAGAUAUCUGGCAUCUCUUCUUAGAUGCAAUGUCUGGGUUUAGGCUCUGAGCUGAGGAAAUCCUCAGGAUUGAGUGAAGGCGUAUAUCAGUGGGACUCCUGAGAACAGUUUCUCACAGAGAUAUGUGCUGGUGAACAUAGAGAGUAUUAGAGCAGCUUGGACACAGAGUUGGAGCAGUGUGUCGGAGAGGAAACAUGGAAACUGUGCAGCACACACAGAGUCGUACUUUGACUCGAGCGUGUCUCUACACUGGAGUUCAAUCAGCUCCAUUUGGAGGUUGGUUGGUGAGCUUUCCAAGUCAACCACAAACGGAUUACUGAGCAGUUCAAAUCUGCAUUUUAGGGCUUCAAAGUCGGCUAAGUUUUUAGCGGCCUCGACUGACGCGCUAAUGAAAGCUAAUAUGCCACAACUCUGUACCACUAAGGACUCCGAAGCAUAGAGAAGCAUAGAGAGGCGGUUGGCGAAGGAUCCCGCAAAGGCAGUUGCAUUUGUUAAUGUGUUUUUGGAUUUGUUGUUUUGUUUUUGGAUUUGUUAAUUUGUUUUCGGGUUUUGUUAAUGUGUUUUGCACUUCUCGGCCACCGUAGAUAUACCCUGCCAAUGAAUCCAUAGGACGACGUGGAUGGAGACAAAGUCAAGUUCUCACUGAUCAUUUCUGGUGUUUACAGGUCACUCAGCCAAUACUGGAAAUAGCUGUACCUGGUUGUACAGACCCAGAGGCAGCAUAAGGGAUUCAGCAUGGCUGCUGUGGGCACUUGGUCCUUCUCGCUCCCUGCUGUAGAAAGGAUGCAGUGCAUGAUUCUAGCUGGACAACAUUCCACCGAUGUUGUUGAGAAUGCAAUUGCAGAUGUGGAAAAUGACGUGCAGACAGGCUGUUAUAUAGUGGGAAGAGGAGGCUUCCCAAAUAACAAGGGAAUAGUAGAAUGUGACGCAGCAAUAAUGGAAGGUUUACCUGGGAGAUUUGGGGCAGUAGCUGCAUUGCGUGGGGUAGGGCAGCCAUGUCGGGUAGCACGCCAAGUAAUGGAAAGAAGUCCUCACAGCUUAUUAGUUGGUGAAGGAGCUGAAGCUUUUGCACGGGAGAAAGGUUUUAUCAUUGAGCCCAAUAACAACAUGCUCUCAGACCAUACAGCUACUGCGUAUCAGUGCAACUUUAAUUUGUCUUUAUGUUUUUCAUUUGAUGUGAAACUUAAGGAAUUUCUUAAAAGUGGGAAACAAGUCAGAGGCCAUGAUACUAUAGGUCUCAUUGCUUUGGAUCUUACAGGAAAUAUAACUGUGGGUGUUUCUACAUCAGGAAAACCCUUCAAGGCUCCAGGGCGAGUGGGAGACUCUCCACUUCCUGGUUGUGGCCUUUAUGCUGACCACACAGUGGGUGCUGCAGCAGUGACAGGUGAUGGAGAUAAAAUCAUGUGCUACUGUCCUAGCUUUCAGAUUGUACAAUUGAUGAGACAGGGGUUGUCUCCAAAGGAAGCCUGUUGUUCUGUCCUUGCUGAUAUAAAGAAAAGGACAGGAGAAGACAAAUGCUUUGAGAUUGGGCUUAUUGCCUUAAAUUUGAAGGGAGAAGUUGGUGCCGCUUCCUCAGUGGAAUUCCCAUAUACCUUCUGGAACCAGGGAAUGGAUUCCGUGGAAAAGCACGUCCUUUCUUAUUAAAGUUCCUUUUCUGUCUUAACAUAAACUUUCAAAUAAGCAAAUUCAAUGUAAUGGAAUCUUUAUACAUAAUUGCAUAAAAGCAUGGAUUUCACUUUAUAAUAAAGAAUAAUUUAUGAAUAUAA